UACACUAAUCGCAUUCGGAAUCAAAGUUAAUUCUAAUUUUAAAUAGCUACAUCAGAACGUUCAAGUUCAAAACCAUGCAUUGCAUUUAGAGUUGAUUACCUUCCACUGACAGUGUGACAACGUCAGAGAUGGAAGAGAACUUGGAGGUUCUAGAAGAGCUUCACAACGUCGAGGCCGAGAUAGAAGAUGUCCAAGAACAAAUUAGAGCCUUAAUCGAAAAGCAAGAGAGGUUGUACGAGAGAAAAUCUGAGUUGAAUUCUAUUCUGGAAGCGUGUAAAGAAUCUGAAAACCAGGUCAAUAAUAAUGCAAGUUCAAGCACCGUGGAGAAUUGGAAUGCACCAUUUGAAUGGGAUUCUAAAGCAGAUGAUCUUAGGUUAAACAUUUUUGGCAUUUCAUCUUACCGUGCAAAUCAAAGAGAGAUAAUUAAUGCCAUAAUGAGUGGAAGAGAUGUUCUGGUGAUUAUGGCUGCAGGUGGUGGCAAGAGUCUCUGCUACCAGCUUCCUGCUGUUCUUCGUGAUGGAGUUGCCCUAGUUGUCAGCCCGUUGCUUUCGUUAAUUCAAGAUCAGGUAAUGGGUUUGACUGCUUUGGGCAUCCCAGCACAUAUGUUAACUUCAACGACAAGUAAGGAAAAUGAGAAGUUCAUAUACAAGGCUUUGGAGAAGGGUGAGGGGGAACUCAAAAUAUUGUAUGUUACUCCAGAAAAGAUAUCAAAAAGCAAGAGGUUUAUGUCAAAACUUGAAAAGUGCCACCAUGCCGGUCGUCUCUCUCUAAUUUCAAUUGAUGAGGCACAUUGCUGUAGUCAGUGGGGUCAUGACUUUCGACCUGAUUACAAGAACCUUGGCAUUCUCAAGACUCAGUUCCCUAAUGUUCCUAUGGUUGCUUUGACUGCAACUGCUACUCAGAGGGUCCAAAAUGAUCUGAUAGAGAUGUUACACAUCCGUAGAUGUGUCAAAUUUGUUAGCACAGUCAAUAGGCCAAAUUUAUUUUAUAUGGUAAAGGAAAAGUCAUCAGUCAGUAAGGUGGUUGUUGACGAAAUUGCUGAGUUCAUUCAAGAAUCUUAUCCAAAUCAUGAAUCCGGGAUUGUUUAUUGCUUCUCUAGGAAGGAAUGUGAACAGGUUGCAAAGGAGCUAAGGGAGAGAGGAAUUUCAGCUGAUCAUUAUCAUGCAGAUAUGGAUGUAAAUAAUCGUGAAAAAGUACAUAUGCGGUGGAGCAAUAACAAGCUGCAGGUCAUAGUUGGUACAGUAGCUUUUGGUAUGGGAAUCAACAAACCAGAUGUCAGGUUUGUCAUCCAUCACAGCUUGAGUAAAUCAAUGGAAACAUACUACCAGGAAAGUGGUCGAGCUGGCCGAGAUGGGCUUCCUUCUGAAUGCCUAUUAUACUUCAGACCUGGUGAUGUUUCUCGACAGAGCUCAAUGGUCUUCUACGAAAAUUCAGGACUACAGAAUCUCUAUGACAUAGUACGAUAUUGUCAGUCCAAAAGACAAUGCCGACGAAGUGCCUUUUUUCGUCAUUUUGCUGAGCCAUUACAAGAGUGCGAUGGGAUGUGCGAUAUUUGUGCAUUCUCAAGUGAGGUGAAGGAAGUGGAUGUCUCUCGGCAUGCAAAAUUGAUGGUUUCUUUGUUGCAAGAAAUUCAGACAAGUGAUCAGAGGUCAACAAUGUUGCAAUUAGUCGAUAAAAUGAAAGUAAAACAGAAGGAAAUAGGUUCUGAUUUAAAACGAGAAGAAAUGGAGCAGCUCAUUUUACACCUUUUACUGGACCGUGCUUUGAAAGAAGAAUUUCAGCAUACAGCUUAUUCUACAAAUGCUUAUAUUACAGUAGGACCAUUGGCAAAGCAAAUUUUGCAAGGGAAGAAGACUGUGAAGCUUGAGGUUUCUACUGAAAAGAAAACUAAAGCUUCUGUGAGAUUGAAACGCUGCCUUGGGUCAUCUGGCUUGGAGCUAAAGCUUGAUGAGCUGAGAAAAGAACUUUCUUCCAUUCAUGGAGGAAUACUCCCACACUCUGUCUUGUCUACUCAACAAAUCAGCUUACUAUGUUCUCAAAAACCAAACUCGCUCGAGCAGUUGGAGAAAGUAAUUGGCAAAUUGAAGACAGAAAAGUAUGGAAAUAAGAUUCUUGAGCAAAUUGUAAAAUAUUCUGAUUUCAAGCCGACGGAUGAACAAGUAAGUGAUGGUAGAGCCGCAAAAAGGUCCAAGACCAAGAAGAACCUUGUACUUAUUGAGAGUAGUGGAGAUGAAGCAUGCUAACAGAUGUUGUCCUGACUUUAGUUUAUUUAGUUUUAAUUCUAGUUUAUGUUUUUAUUGUAUAACAAUUGAGCAAAAUGAAGCGUGUUCCUUAUUACAAUCUCGGCUUCUGCAUCAUCCAACUGAGAAAAGAUGAAUCUGGAUGACAAAUGAAGCCACUCAACUGUUGUUAUCAAGUCAUGAAAUUGAAAAAUGAUUUUUUUUCUUCUAUGGAUAUUUGGUUUGAGUUGUUAA